AUGAAGCCACCAAUACUUGUCCCACCAGUUCCUAAAAAGCUAUUAUUGUUGUAUCUCACCACUACAGAUAUAGCGAUACGGGCUCUACUUGCUCAAUACCUAGGGGAGACUAGAAAGGAGGAUGCAAUCUACUACAUUAGCAAGAAGAUGUUCCCUUAUGAAGAGAAAUAUUCACCAUUAAAGAAGACAUGUGUAGCACUUGUAUGGGUAACCCGUAAACUCAUACAUUAUAUGCUUGCUUACAAGGUUUUGUUGAUUGCAAGAAUGGAUCAUUUGAAGUACUUAAUGGAAAAAUUGGUGCAAGAUGGAAAGACUGCUAAAUGGGUUUUGCUUCUAUUAGAAUUUGAUAUUAAGUAUGUGACUCAAAAGUCUAUGAAGGGGAGAGCAAUUGUUGAUCACCUAGCCCAUUGUUCACCAAAAGAAGCUGAAGAGAUCCAAGGAGACUUUCCAGAUGAGGACAUCAUGGGGAUUGAAGAUGUACUUUGA